GUGAAAAGUAAAAACACACGCUCUCGCUAAAGUCGUGAAAUUUUCCCGUGAAAUUCGUGCGUCUCGUGCAGUUUUGUCGGUGCAAUUCGCGCUGCGUUCCGAUUUUUAGGGAAUUCCUGAAAAGUCCUCUUCCUGGUGCAGGUCAGCAGCACAAAGGCAGAGAGAGUGAACGGGCGAGAGUGUGAGAGAAAACCUUACGAACCUGUCAGGUUAUUUUUGUUUAUUUUUACGCGUGCCGUCGCCGCCGCUACCACCACUGCUCAGCUGUUGGUAUUCUACGGAAGAAAAAAAAAACUAGUUUACCGGGUCACCAAAUAUCAAAACAUGACUAACCAGUACGUUAGCCCGCUCUCGAUUGCGGUCAUUUGCUCCUCGAACAUGAACCGCUCGAUGGAAGCGCACGGGUUCCUGUCGAAGAAACGCUUCAAGGUACGCUCGUUCGGAACCGGCGACAAGGUAAAGCUCCCGGGCACGGCAGCCGACAAGCCGAACAUUUACGACUUUGGGACCAGCUACGAUGACAUCUACUCCGAUCUGGCCAGCAAAGACAAACAAUACUACACACAAAAUGGUCUCUUACACAUGUUGGACCGUAAUCGGCGCAUCAAACCUAGUCCGGAAAAGUUUCAGAUCUGCACCGAACGCUUCGACGUUUUGGUUACGUGCGAGGAGCGUGUUUACGAUCAGGUGAUAGAAUUUAUGGAAUCGAAAACCCCGACCUACAACCUACCGGUGCAUGUGAUUAACAUCGACAUCCAGGAUAACCACGAGGAAGCGACCUUGGGUGCAUUUGCGAUAUGUGAUCUGAUAACCAUGAUGGCCCAAAGCGACGACCUGGACAACGACAUCGACGAGCUGUUGCACGAUUUCGAGGGCAAAUGUCAACGUAGCGUUCUGCACUGCGUACUGUUUUACUAAUCUCGGACCAAGUUCGGGCGAGUCUUUUCGUUAAGUCCAAACAAAACAAAAAACAACUAGUACAUCAUAAGAAUCUUUAAGAAACCGAUAAAAAAAAAGCAAGCAGCAACUAUUUCUAGCUUUGGAAAUCCUUUACUUCCUUUCGUUCUUUCCAAAUACGGUCUAAUUUGGUUCGAAGAAAAUUAUACACAAAUAAUAAUGGGGUUAAACACAAGCUGGAAUGUGCCACCACGGAACCGAGAGCGAGUCCAAGCAAAAUAGUGAAACACGAAACAAUAACCAAGUUCUGAAGGAAGACGAAGGCGAUUUUGUUUUUAUCCAAUUUAACCUGAAGAUAAUUAAUAGGAACAAACGCUACUAACAAAUUUAAACACACGAGGGAACCGUAUUUCACUUAUACAACUGCAGAAAAGGAUACAAACAAACACACAUAGGUGAUUUACUCUGUAAGAAGCUAUAUUACGAUGCAUAUUUAUAUUGAAUAAAAAAAAAGACGUGUAAUUUCCUCUUUUGUACAACAAUAAAGUUACAGAACAGUUA